GUUAUCUUCGAACUUGAACUCUUCACUCUGUCUGACAAACAUUUUUUAAUACUUUUACCCUUUUUUACGCUUCAAUUUACGAAAUCUUACCCCCCUAAACGGAACAAGUUAAAAUAUAAAGAACAAUAAGAAGAAGAGGGCAAGCUUGCAAGUUGCAGCUAAUCGCAGCAGAAAAAUCAUGGAGGGAGGCAGUGGUAAAUCCAUACUCCAAUUCGCACCGUUUCAGAGCUCCGUCGACGAGGGUUUCUGGCACAGACUUUGUUCCUUGAAGCUCAACAAGUUCGGCGUCGACGACUCGCCUGUUCCCAUCACCGGUUUCUACGCACCGUGCUCACAUUCUCAAGUGUCUAAUCAUUUAACUCUAAUGGCCGAGUCUUUGCCUUCGGAUUCAAGUGAGGAAUCAUCGGUACAGGCAGUAAGUCGAGGCAAUAGGAACAGAUGCUCCGUUCCUGGAAUCAUUUACAACACCAAUACGGUUGAAGGGUUUCAUGCACUUGAUAAACAGGGCUUGCUUAAGGCAGAAGCACAAAAGAUUUGGGAGGAUGUUCGUAGUGGAAAAGCAUUGGAGGAUAGUUCAGUGCUUUCGAGAUUCCUCCUCAUCUCUUUUGCAGACCUGAAAAAAUGGAGCUUUCAUUACUGGUUUGCAUUCCCUGCUUUGGUGCUUGAACCUCCAGCAACCUUGGUUAAUUUGAGGCCAGCUUCCCAAUGUUUUAGCUCGGAGGAGGCAGAAUCUGUUUCAGCAGCGUUUAACGAGUGGCGUAACUCAUACCUAACAGCAGAUGUGCCAUUCUUCCUGGUUCAUAUUGAUUCAAAUUCACACGCUACUAUUAAGCAUCUAAAGGAUUGGGAAACUUCCCAAAGUGCUGAUGAUGGUCACAAGUUACUAUUUGGUUUUUAUGAUCCAUGUCAUCUUCCAAACCAUCCCGGUUGGCCUCUUCGCAACCUCCUUGCACUUGCUGGCUCGAGAUGGGAUCUAAAGUCUGUUCACUUUUUAUGCUAUAGAGAGAGUCGUGGUUUUGCAGAUCUGGGAUUGUCCCUUGUUGGGGAAGCCAUGAUUACAAUUCCGCCAGGAUGGAGAAAUCAUGGUCAUGUACUAAAUGCAGUCGGGUGGGAACUUAACAAAGGGAGAAAAGUACCCAGGAUAAUAAGCCUUGCUAAAUCUAUGGAUCCAACUAGGUUGGCCAUAUCUGCUGCAGAUUUGAACUUGAAACUAAUGAGGUGGCGUGCUUUGCCUUCUCUGAACUUAAAUAGCUUGUCUUCUCUCAAGUGUCUCCUCCUUGGAGCUGGUACACUUGGAUGCCAGGUUGCUCGCAUGCUUAUGGCUUGGGGUGUCCGGAACAUUACGUUGGUUGACAAUGGCAGGGUCGCUAUGUCUAAUCCUCUGAGGCAAUCCUUGUAUACGUUAGAUGACUGCCUAAAUGGCGGUGAAUAUAAAGCAACAGCAGCAGUUAAUAGUCUCAAGAGAAUCUUUCCAGCUGUGGAAGCAGAGGGUGUCAUCAUGGCUAUACCAAUGCCUGGACAUCCUGUUCCGAGUCAAGAAGAGCAGAGUGUGCUUGAUGAUUGUAGACGACUAGAUGAUUUAAUUGAUUCUCACAAUGUAGUUUUCCUGCUGACUGAUACAAGAGAAAGUCGGUGGUUACCAUCUCUCCUUUGUGCAAAUACUAACAAGAUUACUAUAACUGCAGCUUUAGGGUUUGAUAGCUUCUUGGUUAUGCGCCAUGGAGCAGGUCCUUGUAGCUCUAGCCAUGACUCAAAAACUGAAGCUGAAAAUUCUUUAUCUGCGGAUAUGAGCAACCUUGGCCUUACCAAUGGAAACGGAGGGAAAAGAUUGGGCUGUUACUUCUGCAAUGAUGUCGUUGCGCCUAUUGAUUCAACUUCAAACCGCACGUUGGACCAGCAAUGCACUGUUACACGUCCAGGCCUUGCUCUGAUUGCCUCAGCUCUUGCAGUUGAGCUCUUAGUGGGGAUCCUGCAUCACCCUCAUGGGAUAUUCGCGGAAGGUGAGGUGGUGAACUCCAGCAAUAGUGGAAGCAGUGAGCAGCCUCUUGGUAUUUUACCCCAUCAAAUUCGAGGUUCCCUCGCACAGUUUUCACAGAUGACACUUGUGGGCCACUCCUCGGACAGUUGCACAGCUUGUUGCGGCACUAUCUGGAGGACCUAACUGGACUGACAGAGCUCAUGAAAUCAGCUAGUAAAUUCGAGUUGGACUGGGACGAUGGGACGGAUGAAGACGAUGAUGAUUUGGUUGAAGUUUGAUGGAAGGGGUUCUAAAUUAUCUAUGCUGCAAUUCAUUCUCAAUUGUACAUAUAUGCUCAGGAAAGUAAUAUUCAACCAUGUCAUAUUCGUAGAUGCCCUUUACCGUAGUGGCGGAAAACAAUCAUGCCUAUGCACUCUGGUGCAGAUUCAAUCCCCUCCCUCCAAACAACUUACUAUUUAACCCACUAACGCUAGCGUUUGUAAAACAAAUCAUGUAAUAUUCAAUUUGUUUGUUCUUGACGUGAUCAAUUCUAAAUUGUAAGCUGUACUGCUCUGUGAAAGAAUAUAUUUGAAGUUCAACCCAAGUUGUUGUUUGUAACGAUUU